GCACUUAAACAUAGAAGAAAACGGUGAUGGGUCUCGGAGGAUCAUCUGUUUCACGCAUCAACACCAAAGCCUUCUCUUCAUCCUUUCUAAAACCAACAUUAAGAGCAAAUAACCCUCUUAGAGUCGCCGGAGCAUCAGGAGGAAGGUUCACUUGCUUUGAGAGGAACUGGUUGAGGAGAGACCUAAACGUGGUGGGGUUUGGGCUGAUCGGGUGGCUAGCUCCGUCGAGUAUUCCGGCGAUAAAUGGGAAGAGCUUGACGGGUCUCUUCUUCGAGAGCAUAGGAAAUGAGCUCGCUCACUUCCCAACUCCUCCAGCUCUCACUUCACAGUUCUGGUUGUGGUUGGUUACGUGGCACUUAGGUCUCUUCAUCUGUCUCACCUUCGGACAAAUUGGAUUCAAAGGCAGGACCGAAGAUUACUUCGAGAGAUAAACCAUUUCUCUAGUUUCAUUUGUAAUAUAUCU